AGGUGCCACGCGUCGUUCUGUUCUACUCUUGGAAACACAGAGAACGUAGGCUAAUAUAAGACACCCAUUUUUAACAUCCGACAAGUUAGGCUAUAGCUCCCUGAAAGUCAAAGUAGAGUAGGUUGAUAAGUAACAAAAAUAGCAGCGCUACACUAUGUCUAUGUAGAUCUAACAUUAUUUUAGGGGGUGCUUUUUCGUGCGGCACCCAUUGGGGAUUUUACUGCCUACAGCUACGUCCCUGAGGUACAUUUUCCCUUAGGCUACUCGUCCCUGAGCAGGCACCAUGGUGGAGCCAGACGAGAGACCGUCCAACGCAGGCCAGCGGCUGGGAGCUCCUGAGAGCCUGGGCAUCAGUACCCUGGAGCCUGGGCAGCGCCCGCCAACCAUGCCCCCUGGCCGCCAGGUCUCCGUGCGGGUCCAGAUGCUGGACGACACUCAGGAAGUGUUUGAGAUCUCGCAACGGGCCUCGGGAAAGUUCCUUCAUGAGCUUGUGUGCGCUCACCUUAACCUUGUGGAAGGGGACUACUUUGGGCUGGAGUAUCAGGAUCACCGCAAAAUGAUGGUGUGGCUGGAUCUCCUCAAGCCAAUAGUGAAACAGAUCAGACGGCCCAAAAACACAAUACUGAAGUUUGUGGUGAAGUUCUUUCCCCCAGACCACACACAGCUCUCAGAAGAACUUACCAGAUACUUGUUUGCGCUGCAGAUAAAGCACGACCUGGCCUGUGGGCGCCUGACCUGCAACGACACCAGUGCUGCUCUCCUGGUGUCCCAUAUUGUUCAAUCUGAGGUUGGUGACUUUGACGACGUCCAGAGCCGACAGCACCUCCUCAACAACAAGUACAUUCCUGACCAGGACGCCCUGAUGGACAAGAUUACCGACUACCAUCGCAAGCAUGUUGGACACACCCCAGCCGAGUCAGACUUCCAGCUGCUGGAGAUCGCUCGUCGGCUGGAAAUGUACGGAGUGAGGCUCCAUCCGGCCAAGGAUCGGGAGGGAACCAAACUCAGUCUCAGCGUGGCCCACACGGGGAUCCUGGUCUUCCAGGGACACACAAGAAUCAAUGCUUUUAACUGGUCCAAAGUGAGAAAGCUGAGCUUCAAGAGGAAGAGAUUUCUAAUCAAACUGCGGCCUGACUUAAAUGUAAGUCUGUCCAGAAGCACUCCACUGGACACGGAGAAUACGCAGAGCAACUGCCAGGACACGUUGGAGUUCAUGAUGGGUAGUCGAGACUGCUGCAAGAUAUUCUGGAAGAUCUGUGUGGAGUACCACGCCUUCUUCCGGCUGUUCGAGGAGCCCAAACCCAAGCCCAAACCCGUGCUGUUCACCAGAGGGUCCUCCUUCAGGUUCAGUGGACGCACACAGAAGCAGGUGAUCGACUAUGUGAAAGACUCUGAAUUUAGAAAGGUCCCCUUUGAAAGGAAACACAGUCGGAUCCAGUCCAUAAGCAGCCUAUCUCCGAUGACAUCCCAUCUCAGCUCAGAAGUGCCAAAAGAAAGGCCAAGAGCGAGCAGCCUUAACACAGACCGGACAGACUCCCCUCUUCGGCACGGCCGGGUCGCGCAGUCUGCCCAAGUAAUGGUGGAGAACCCGGCUCUCCAGCGCCACUUGCUCAGCCCGGUCUCCCAACCCAACGGUCACCACGAAGGGCCACAGGAGGACGGCAAUGCCAGGAGCCCUGCAUCUCUUUCAUCAAGGCAGCCUCUGCAACAACAACAACAACAGCAACAACAACAAUCACAACAGCAGCUGAAGCAGUCAUCUGAUUACGUCAACACAGGCCCCCUGCCGAGCAGCCCGGGCCUGAGCGACUCCCCGGCCGUCUCCAGGGUGAUGCUGGUCAACGGCCAGAAGCAGCAGACGCUCGGCCUGGGCCAGAGCCCUGACGGCCGGCAGCCAUCGCCCCUCACCAGCCCCCUGCUGACCGAAGCCGGAUUUGUCCGCACCGACGACGAGGACGAGGUUCGGAGGAAGAGGUUCCCCACUGACAAAGCCUACUUCAUUGCCAAAGAGCUGCUGACCACAGAGCGUACAUAUCUGAAGGACCUGGAGGUCAUCACCGUGGGGCUCCAUAAAUUUAUGUCAAAAGAGGAGGCCUUGCCGGACUCACUUAAGAAUGUAAUAUUUGCCAACUUCGAACCCGUCUACAAGUUCCAUGAUGCCUUCCUGAAGGAGGUGGAGCAGCGACUGGCACAGUGGGAAGGCCGCUCCAACGCCCACAUCAAAGGGGACUACCAGCGUGUGGGAGACGUCAUGCUAAAGAACAUCCAGGGCCUGAAGCUGAUGACGGGUCACCUGCAGAAGCAGUCGGAGGCGCUGCUGGAACUGGAGCGGGCGUGCCGGGGCUCGCGGCGGCUGGAGGCGCUGUGUCGCGACUUCGAGCUGCAGAAGGUGUGCUACCUGCCGCUCAACAUCUUCUUCCUGCGCCCGCUCCACCGCCUCAUGCACUACAAGCAGAUCCUGGAGCGCCUGUGCAAGCACUACCCCCCCACCCACGACGACUUCAGGGACUCCAGAGCUGCUCUGGCAGACAUCUCCGAGAUGGUUGCCCAGCUCCACGGCACCAUGAUCAAGAUGGAGAACUUCCAGAAGCUUCUGGAGCUGAAAAAAGACCUGAUGGGCAUCGACAAUCUGGUCAUUCCUGGCCGGGAGUUUAUCAGGUUGGGUUGUCUCAGCAAGCUGUCUGGGAAAGGCCUGCAGCAGAGAAUGUUUUUCCUGUUCAAUGACGUCCUGCUGUACACAAGUCGAGGGAUGACGGCCGCUAAUCAGUUCAAAGUGCACGGCCAGCUUCCUCUCUACGGCAUGACGAUCAGAGAAAGUGAAGAUGAAUGGGGUGUGCCUCACUCCUUCACCCUGUUUGGACAGCGCCAUUCGGUGGUGGUUGCAGCCAGCUCUGCUGCUGAGAUGGAGAAAUGGAUGGAGGACAUCAAGAUGGCCAUCGAACUGGCUGACAAGUGCAAUGGACCCUCUUCAGAGGUUCUCGGUAGCAGUCUGACAGACAGUAAAUCCCCUGACGAGUCCGGGGUGGACCAGGAGUCUGAGGACGAUCUGAGUUCCUCGCGCACGUCCCUGGAGCGGCAGUCACCUCACCGUGGCAACACCACGGUCCACGUGUGCUGGCACCGCAACACUAGCGUGUCCAUGGUGGACUUUAGUGUUGCCGUGGAGAAUCAGCUGUCUGGGAACCUGCUGAGGAAGUUCAAGAACAGCAACGGCUGGCAGAAGCUCUGGGUGGUCUUCACCAACUUCAGCCUGUUCUUCUACAAGACCCAUCAGGAUGAUUACCCACUGGCCAGUCUGCCUUUGCUUGGCUACUCGAUAACCAUUCCGUCAGAGUCUGAGAACAUCCACAAAGACUACGUGUUCAAACUCCACUUCAAGUCCCACGUCUACUACUUUAGGUCGGAGAGCGAGUACACCUUUGAGAGGUGGAUGGAGGUGAUCCGCAGUGCCACCAGCUCCUCCAGUCACGCCCGCUUCCACAGCCGGAAGGACCCCUACCCCUACUGACCCCCUACUUGACCCUCCCUUGAGCAUCUGUCGGGGAGGCCUGACUCUCCCCCCGCCCCUUCUCCACCUC